AUGUGUAUCUCCGUCCUCAGUACCGCCCAUCCGGAGUACCCGUUCGUCCUCAUCAGCAAUCGGGACGAGUUCGUCAACAGGCCAACUGCCAGAGCAGAUUGGUGGGACCCGCCCCAUCAAUAUGUCCUAGGAGGUCGAGAUCUACAACGCAAGGAAAAGGGAACAUGGCUCGGCAUCACCAAGCAAGGCCGGAUAGCCAUCCUCACCAAUUUCCGCGAGGAAGGAGAUUUCGAAAUCGACAAUAGCAAAAGCCGUGGAGCCAUCACGAAUACUUACUUGACUGUGCCACCGGAUAGCUCGGAGAAGGAUGAAGAGUUCGUUCAGAGACUGAUGGAUGGAGUUGGCAUCCACAACGUGGGCGGCUUCACAAUGCUGUUUGGGAAAUUGAAAGAACCAAAGGAAGCAAACGGCCAGAUUUCCAUGCCGGGGCUGGCCUUGGUUUCCAACCGCACCGAGACGCCUUCGCGAUUAGAUCGCAUCGCUACGAAACCAAACGAAGUCCACGGGGUCAGCAAUAGCCAUUUUGGAGACGUUUCCUGGCCCAAAGUCGUGCAUGGCGAACAACUCUUACGACAAGCGAUCAACGCGAGCGUCACCAGAAAGGAUUCCCAAGAGACAUUCAUCGAGCAUCUGUUCGACAUACUGUGCGUGGACGCCCUGCCAAAACGCAAGAAUGAGGAAGACUGGGAUAUGUUUGUUCGACACAUGCGCAAUUCGAUCAUGAUACCUCCGGCCAAGGGACAACUGACUGAGCAGAAUGACAGCGAUACGCUGAGGACUGUGGACGAGAAUGUGCAACCUCAGACAGCGAAAGUGGCAGCCGGAAAGGGAGCGUACGGAACCUCAAAGCAGACCGUUAUUCUGGUGAGUCGAGAAGGCAAGGUCACCUUUGUUGAAAGGACGCUGUAUGACGGAGAAGGAAAACCUGUAUCCGAACGUGAAAGAGACAAUAAAGUCGAGUUCUAUAUAGAAGGCUGGGAUGGAACUCCGAAGCUAUGA